GCCUCACUGUCUGAGGUUAAUUACACUUGUGUUGGUAACAGCAGGGUUAGGGUAUAGCCUGCUCCACGCUGGCGCUGAGCUUUGGUGCCUGUUAGUGUCCUCUCAGCCAAAUCCCGAUUUGAAACUUCACGACUGCAAUCCACGACCGAACUCUGUUUGCAAGGCAGCCAAUUUUGUCUGUCUGUAGCUCGCUUUCUUCCUUUCCUUUCUUUCUUCUCUGUCUCUUUCACGAAGCUUUUCUCUGAACUACCCUUUACACCAAAUCCGCAUGCUCAACCAACAACAAGUUGUCCAAUCAAGUCGCGAGUCCAUCAUGGAGAUCGCACUAUACAACCACCUAGCGUUACCGCUGCGCGUUCCGCCGUCUGAAGAUGGCAAUCUGAGUGAUCUUGAAAUUCAGUUGACCGAUCACUUGAUCAGCAAUGUGCGCAUUAUGUGCCAAGCGUUUCGACAGCCGUACCAACCUGGCGCUCACCCAUCCGCGAUUUCCAAGGCCUGGGAGUAUAUUCGCUUGUGCCUCGAAUCGUCCAAGACUGUUAAUCGGAACGGACGAGUCAACAGAACGACUCUGCUGUCGGAGUUUCAUCAUCUAGCCCAAGGAAAUGCCGUGAUCCUUCACAUCAGCAGUCAAAAUGCCGCUCUUUUGGUCCACCGACUCGGAGUCCGCGACGAGGUUGUCUUUGAAGUCUUCGAAACCUCACCAAGAAAUGACGAUGUCCUCGCCGCCGAGAACGCCUUGCAGUGGGACUUUCCAGGAAGCGCUGUUGCCAUCCCGCUGGCGACCUUUGAAGAUGGAGCAUUUCAGGGCAGCCUGGCGACCUUUUUGGAGCAAGCAUCUCUCGAGUCGACAAAGAUGUUUGCUGCUCAUACCUUCAAAGCAGGAGCUGACAUCCACGAGUAUCGAGACACAUCGAGUCCAACCAUGAUCAGCUCCAUGUUGAUGGCCAUCCUGGAAGAGAACGGCCGCCGAAUCUCGACACCUCUUCUCCGCAAGCGAGUUCGUGACGACAUCUCUUGGCAUCAAGCGCGCAAGCCCUGGCGCCGGCUCCCAUACUGGCUCGUCCUCAGAGUCUCCAUCGCUCGAUAUCUUUCGCUCGUUGUGGGGGCAGAGAUGGGCCGUUUCCAGUACAAAUUCUUCAUUUGCAACACCUUGGCCACCUUCCUGGAAUCGGCACAGGCAUCGCUGCAAGCUGAUCAGGUUCACUUCCUCAAAACCAAGCUCUGCCGUCGGCUGGUGAAGCUGGAUGUGGAUAGGGGCAAUGUGAAAUCUGCAGGCACCCUGCCAGAUAUUGACAUCCUUUUCGGCAAGCUCACUCCAGGAAUCAACAAGAUCAUUGAUGAUGCCACCAGGCGCGUGGCUACCGAGUGGGAGGCGUUCAAAAAGGCCCAUGCAAGGCCCAUUCCCCAGUUGCCAAAGAGGGCCACCCCCGCCGACUUGAACCUACCAUUGGAACUCAGCGGCAACAUGUUGCGGGACCUACAGACGAGCUGGGGAAAGACGACGAGGGGACAUUGCCGCAGAUGGGUGGUCCCGGAACACUUUGAUCUGGGUUCUGUUACGAACAAGCAUCUGAGCGAAUUUGCGCAGCCCUUAUUCCACGUUACCCAGCAAGAGAUGCUUCUUCAAGAUUGCUCGCCAAAUGAGUCGUUGAUAACCUAUCUCCAGACCGCACUUCCCCUAUUCCACGGCAAUCCCGAGCAACUCAGUAUCCUCAUUCUCAAUGCAAUGGAAAUGUGGAUGAGACUUGACCAAACGACCUGCUUCCAGUUCCCGCUUUUGACAGACUACCAUCCUGUCUUCACACCCGAGUCGCUCAAUGUCUUGCAUUUGGCCACCUACAAAGAUAUGGUCCGCCUGCAAGCCGUCCAGAAGCAUAUUUCACAGAGAAUCCACGCAAGUUCUCUUCCCAGAUGCACCAUAUUCGAUGAUCCUUCUGCCAGCUGUUUUGCAGCGAGAUAUUUCGAUGGCAUGCAUCCCGACUCUGUUGCCAUGCGUAACUCGUAUGCAGAUAUCACCCAUGCAGAUGUUUUGAGGAAAGAAUUGAAACGCAAAGAGUGGGAAAAGAAGACUGAGGAGUUCCAGAACCUGACUCGACAGGUUGAUGGAAGCUCAUGCAUCCUCAUCGUGGACGACGAUGACCCCCUUGGACGUAGCUUUCACGAUGACCAUCACUGCCCGCGGUGUCGAGCAAUGCACAAGCUGGAGAAGAUACGGAUCCAGAUCUACGAGGAAUCUCUCCCCUCUGAUAUUCACCUUGCCAAAGCCGCAGUGUUUGAGCUCCGGUGCCCCCCAGCCUUCGCGAACUAUCGCGACACAACGUUGAUGCUUAUAUCCAAGCUUGCAAGCCCGGAGGUUACUGUGGGUGUAACUCCAAAAUGCCUGCUGAAUGGCUACUCUCAGCUCUACACCGUCGCAAACAUCUAUCCCAAGUUCACUCUGGCAUCUUUGACAAAAUCAUAUUUCCCGUCGAGUGGGAAGGUGGACGAGACGGACUGUGCAAACCCAACGGGCUGA